CUCUCCCUCCCGAGGGCUGAGCCAUUCCGGGAAGGCGCCCGGCUCCCCCACCGCUCCUCGGUAACGCCGCACCGGUAUCGGCCGCCGCCGCCGCCGCCGCGCCGGGCUCGGCCCCACGUCGCCGCGGGGCUGCGGAGGAGCCGAGGCGGGUGCGCCGUGCCCCGGUCUCUCGGGAGCGGCGGAGGGGAGGCGGGGGACGACACACGGGAGGACAAGUGGACGGAGCGCCCGGGAACGGGGGCGGGGGGGGGAGACCGGCCGCCGCGUAGUUGUUUUGCCCGGGGUAAGUUGGCCGAUCCCCUGCGGUGGCUUCGCUUGGGGGGGGGCAGCGCUUGGCUCCCGGCUCCCUGCCGCCCCCAGCCCCCUUGGGGGGGGCGCCUGUUUUUCCCUUUUCUUUUCCUUUUUUUAAAAAUUAUUAUUAUAUUAUUAUUAUGGGGUCUGUGGGGGAGCAGAUCUUCCAGUCCGGCGUUGCUCUUCCUUGUCCAGUGCUCUGCGGAGAACUAUAAUAUUUCUUCCCCGAGAUGCUGCAGUGAAUUUUAGUCCCAGGAAAUCAGGCGAACAAAAUAAUCUGAAUAACCCGAACCAUUUGUUACUGCGUGAGAGCGAACGCUGCCGAGGCACAGAUGAUGGCAAAAAAUUCCCUGGAAGGGUCUAAAGAAGACCUGAGCAAAAUUUCGGAAGAGGAGAUGCUGAGAUGGAGCAAGGAAGAGCUGGUGAAAAGACUGAGGAAAGUGGAGAAUGAAAAGAUGAACUUAAUGGUGGAACACGGCAACUUGAUGAAGGACGUGAACCGGCGGCUGCAGCUCCACCUGCACGAGAUCCGCGGGCUGAAGGAGGUGAACCAGAAGUUGCAGGACGACAACCAGGAGCUGAGGGAGCUCUGCUGCUUCUUGGACGACGACCGGCAGAAAGGCAAGAAGCUGUCUAGGGAAUGGCAGCGCUUCGGGAGGCACACGGCCAGCGUGAUGUGGAAGGAGGUGGGCAUGUACCAGCAGAAGCUGAAGGACCUGGAGGCGAGGCAGGAGACCCUCCUGCGGGAGAACGUGGAGCUGAAGGAGAUGGUGCUGAUGUUGGACGAGGAGCGGAGCGGGGCCGGCUCGCGGAGCUCCAUCGACAGCCAGGCCAGCUUGACCAACCUCAACGGCGGCUCGGCCACCAGGGACGUGGGGGACGGGAGCAGCACCUCCAGCACAGGCAGCGCGGGCAGCCCCGACCACCAUCACCACCACCUCCACCACCAUAAGGCCGGCGACAGCAAGGCCGGGGCCAUGCGGAGGUCUAUGGAUGACCUGUCCGCCCCCCUCCACCACCGGAGCAUCCCCAACGGCCUCAACGAUUCGUCUUCCAACUACAUCAGGCAACUUGAAACAAAAGUGAAACUGCUGGAGGAUGACAACAAGCUUCUUUCCCAGCAGUCCAGCACGGGGGACCUGAGGACGCUGAGGAAAGGGUUGUCCCCGUACCACUCCGAGUCACAGCUCUCCUCACUGCCACAGUAUCAAGACGCCCUGCAAAACGGACCAGCUCGCAUGACAUCUGAUCUUGCGUCUUCUCCUGCAGCAGGGUAUGUCCCUGUUGGUCAGAAACCAGAGGCUGUUGUGCAUGCUAUGAAGGUCCUUGAGGUCCAUGAAAAUUUGGACAGACAAAUGCAAGACAACUAUGAAGAAGACCUGAGUGAAAAGGAGAAGGCGAUCGUUCGUGAAAUGUGCAAUGUUGUCUGGCGAAAGCUGGGUGAUGCUGCGAGCUCCAAACCCUCCAUCAGGCAACAUCUUUCGGGAAACCAAUUCAAGGGUCCCUUGUAGGAGCACCGUCCCAGAAGGCUGGAAGGGAUUGAUUCUGUGAAGACUAAAGAAGCAGAGCUCAGCCUUUCUGGCUGCCUGUUCUUUGGGAGUUGGGGUUGAGGUUUUUUUCAGGGUUUCCUUUUUUCUUUUCUUUUCUUUUCUUGUUUUUUUUUUUUUUUUUUUUUUUGUAACAAUAGUGUAAAUAUGGCAGCUAAAGGCCUGAUUUCCAGGCUGCGGUGCUCUGGGACUACUGUUCAAUGGGUAACCAUCCAAUAAUGCCAGACUUGCAUCAUUUGUAUUGUAGUUCGAACCUGCUUUGUUGUACCGGUCUGUUUGUAGAAUUAACUAACUCGGGAGGAUUUCUAAGAGGAACAAGAAGAACCCUUAACCUGCGGAGAAGUCAGUUUGUAUCGCUCCGGUCCACCCGCUUUUCAACGGUCCCUAGCUGGGUUCGUGGCUCCAGGCAGCACCUUCCAAGGAAAAAAGCAAGUGGAAUUCGUUGGGUUCCUGCCUGCCAAGCUCCUGAGCUGCUGACACUUUUUUUUGGAGGUCCUUAUUUUGAAAGACUGACACGCAACUGUGUUCACAAGGCGCCGUGUGCACUAUUGAGCGGCGAGCUAAAACCACUGGUACCACCACGCUGUGCGUUGUGCGGUGGCACUUCUCACACCAGCGUACAGAAAGACUGCGUAUCAGCUGUUAAUGAACUAUAUUUUCAUGAACAAAUUGACACAGGAUUUCUGCAGUCGUAAUGUGAAUGAAGCGAAGUCACUUAGCCACUCACCAGUAUUCCCCACACACCAGUAUUCCCCACGAAUAUGGCAACACUUUUCCUGUAAAGCUUUUACUACAAAAUAAUUCAGCAGAAAACUGCCAUCCUAACAGUGCUUACAGCUUUCACGGGAUCUUCGAGAGCAGCUCAUCUUUCACGUAAGGAAGAUUUGGGUAGGUUUUUUUAAAUAUUCUUGCUGGAUCCCUCACCUUUACUGGUUCCUGUGUAAGGUAACCAAACAACAACCUUGCAGAGCUGAAUAAAAACUCCAUAAACACGGGCUGUCGGGUGAGACUACUUCCUGCCGUUCAAGCUUUAUUUUUGUUAAUGAACCAAAACAAGUGGGUUUUUUCCUUCUUCGAAUGGUUGUAUAUAAAACGAUGGGACUUAUAUUUUGCUAUUGUGGAGUAGCUGCUUGUAUAGUUGUAAGAAUUUGACCCCCUUCUUUUCCAAGUUGUCACAGCAGCUGUCCCUGUAUUUUAUUAGGUGUUCUUUCCCAAUAGUCCAAGGAAGCGGGGCUUGGUUAUUAAAAUAAUUGGUGUAAAGUAAUUUUAAAGACAGACAUGUGAAAAGAUCAAAGCCUCCUCGUCAAAAGUUGCAUCGGUUUUAGUGAUUAGGUUGAAGAUUUCAUGACCUCAAACACCACCACUUUCUUUUUAUUCUCUGUAAGAAUCAGUCACAUUUACAGACAGCUGGAUGAGCUGGACAGGUUCUUCCUCUUAAAUUAUUGUUCUACCAGUUGAAUUCUUGACUUGUGGUAUUUUAUUAACACAGAGCACCGAUAUAAUAUCAAGGAGCCUAUGCUGCAAGUUAUGAAAGGGAAUCUGUCCCAUGGUGUACAAUAAUCUAAGCUGCCGGGGUAAAGAAUUUGGAGUGUCAGAGCCGAGAUCCGUAACCAGUAAAAAAACCUGGAAGGAAUACAACCACAAGACAUACUAACCAGUAAGAGUAAGCACCGCUUCAUUAUUCAUACAAGAUGAAUGAAAUAAAAAUGUAACAGUCGAGUAAGUUAUUUGAAAGAAAAGCAAGAACCACCCCCAAAACUCACACAUACUCUCUCACACACUCACCAGUAAGUUUAUUCCUUACUACUGCUGUCAGAGCAUGCUGAGCUAGCUAACUCUGGUAAUAUUUACAUCCAGUGCCUCUGGAGAAAUCCAUCCUGGAGUCUGACUGUCUCCUUUAAAUUACGGCAUCUUUAGAGGAUUCCAGAUUUCCUCCUCUUUGCUUUUUCUUUUGACCUCCAGUUUCCAGUCACCAUUGAUUACUUGUCUUCCCUCCUGUACAAUUUAUACCUUGAGAUUUUCUUACCAGAAAAGGUGAUGUAAAGCAGAAGGCAUCAUUCUUCCUUAGCAUCUCAUGUCGCACAGAGGGUUACUUUAAUCCAUCUGCUUGAAAGCCCAUUUUAAUUUUGGUGGCAUCUUAUCACUGGAUUAAGCAGAGAUUUUAAGCAUAUUGGGAACAAGGUUAAUUUACAUCAGUGAAUUUUAACUAAAGCAAUGCAAAUGUUGCCAGCACUUGUAGAGAGUUAAUUAUGUUGAUGACGUGCUUGCUAUUUUAGGAGUAUAUUAGACUAGCAGUUCAUCUCAACAAGAGCUAUAGUAAUCAGAUUACUAGUCUCACCAGCUACGUAAUUCUCAUUCAGAUAUUCCUUGCUAUCAAAUCUCUCUCUCGGCAUCUAUUCAGUGACUCCAAGCAAAGCUUGUUGUGUUCUACCUGUAGAUCUCCCCUACAGCUAAGGUCCAUUGGGGCUGCAAAUCCUCCAAGAGCCAGUUGACAGGCCAGCCAGUAGUUCAGCUCAACGGUCUUGAUGCUCUUCGGGUAUAUCCCGUUUCUUUAAGACUCUAUUUGGCAGCACAAAUCUGCAGUGCAAGAUGGGCACCGUCGAUUUUGCAGAAGAACCAUGACAGUGCUGUAUGUUGGGGUGUUAUUUUUGGGGGCGGGGGGGGGUUAGGCUUGCUACUCUUCAUACUUAGCUCCAUUUGAGCUAUAAAGUGUCUUCCUGAGGUAAAAUGACGCUCAAUGACUUUACAGGAUGACUUGGGUGCUGAAUUUUCAGUUGUCUAAAAAGGUUUUUAUAUGCGUAUUUAAAUUCACUUACCUAAGCGCGCUAAGUCUUCAGCGAAAACUACCUGAGGAGCUUUGUAUAUUAAGUUGGAGGGGAGCAUCCCUUGAAAUUGCCACCAUUAAAUUGAUAUAUUUGGGGCAACAGUCCAAGUUAAUUUCCUCAAGAUUGAAGCCCUGGGUUCUGCAAUCCUCUGGCAAAGAAAACAUCCACUGUUUACAAACGGACUUUGCUUGCUUAAGGAAAGUAAAAUCACAUCCUUGACUUUUGUUGGAGCGACCGAAGUGAAUGGCAUUUCCAGAAAGGUUUCCGAAAUGCUGUGGUGUGACCAGCUUCAGUGGGCUCUUUGCACCUUGCUAAGACUGCUGAGCACAACCUUGUUUUGAGAAUGGCACAUUUUUAUCCAAAUAUUAGAUAUUAAAAGAAGUCAGUGUUAAAGUGACCUUUUAUCUUUUUAGAAACUGUGGGGGAAGAGUACUACUGAUCUUUUUCAAAGUGCAUGACUGUAAAGUGAUAAAAUUGUAUAUUUUUCAUAAUGUGGGGAAAGUCUAUUUGUGCUGCUUUAGAAAUCAGUUUAAAGUUUGAUUUCUGUUAAACCUGUGAUCUUACAGCCCUGCUAUAUUUUCUGUAUAUGAUUUACAAAGAACUGGAAAAGUUAGCACCUGCUGUUGUGUAUAUAGCAAAAUUCUUUAGACCUUAGCACGCGUUUUUACCUAUUAUUGAACCACUCUGGCUUUUUGGGAGGGAAAGUAAUAGUACAGAUUUUUUUGAUAAUGUGUGUAAAACAUUCAUUUGAAAUAUUUUAGUAAAAAUGAAGUAAGAGAUUGAUUGUGAUGGUGUAUACUUCUAGUU